AUGAAUCUCCCCGAAAACAACGACAUGUUCGAGCAAGACACAGGGUUGCCGCCAGUCAGGAACACGAGGUUUUGCAACUGCCGGUCAGGUUGCCGUUGCAACAGGGAGUCGCAGGGAGAAGGCGGAAGCGAAGAUGGAGACGGAGACGGAGGCUCACAAACGACACUCGUUGGAUCUAACAGUCCUGGAGCGGGUCAAGACGAAUCUUGGACCAACACCGACGAGGAGGGUGAGCACCUCGAGGGGCUGGAAGUGGACGCUGAGGAAGUAAACCGGCUCACCAUCACCGAGCUGAUUGAGAUGGUCGUGGCGCGGCAUGAGGCCCAGGUGGUGGUGGGAUUUGAUGAGGUCGGCCACGUCGCGGAGGUAGACGAGGUCGCUGGACGACGCCCAAACUCUUCGGCAGAUUCCAUGGUGAACAACGGAAGCAGCGCCCCACGCAGCGAAAAGAGCUCCGUUAGAGACACGGGCUCCCCGGGACCGCACAUGGAAUUCUGGUACGAGGUAGAAGUCAAUAACGUGGUGCAGCUACCGCGGGUCGCGCCAAGGCAGGACUUCUUUCUCGAGACGAAAUUUCCCUUGCGCUUGACUCCGCAACGACGUGACUGCCGUGGGCUCGUAGUCCAGCACCUCGUCAUCCAUGAGUGA